AUGGCACCCAGAUUGGCAGAAGACGGUGUCGAAGUAGACGGGGUCGAAGAGUCGUUCCCUGGCAAAGUGGAGUUGACUGAAUCAACACCCAACGCCAAUGAGACCGAAGGGAGCGACGAAAAAAACGACAAGAAUGAAGAGGAAGAAGAGCAACAGCUCUUUGUCUUUAUGAAGGGAAUCAAAGAAGACCUGGCCGCGCGAGGACCACUCUACAAGAGCGACUGGGGGCGUCCAAAGAGUAUUUUUACCGUUAUCAAUGCUACGGUCUUUGCCUUUGUCAUUCAGCUCAUUCCAGCUCUAAUUUUUGCAGAGCUGAUGGACCGAGAGACCAACGGGAACCUGGCCACUGCAGAAACCCUCCUGAGCUCUGGAAUCAUGGGAAUCAUCUAUGCCAUCUUUGCAGGACAACCUCUAACCAUUAUGGGAAUCACAGGACCCGUAGCCAUUUUGUUGGGGACUUCUUAUGGCCUUACCGAAACAUUCAACGCAGAAUACUUUCCAUUCUUCUUCUGGAUCUGCAUCUGGGCGGGGCUCAUGCACAUCAUCUCCAGUAUGAUCGGACUGGUUCACCUGGUGUGGAAGGUCACGCCCUUUACCAGUCAAAUUUUUGAAUUCUUCAUCGCUACAACUUUUAUCUAUGCUGCGGUACGAGACUUGAUCCAACCGAUCUAUCUGGGGCAAGGUGACUACCGAGUCGACCGCAGUGCUCAGUAUGCUACCCUCAUGAUUGGAUUGGUCACAUUCGGCGUGGCGUGGGGGCUUCACUUUGCCGAGCAGUGGGUCAUCCUGACACGACAAGUGCGUACCUUCUUGACCAGCUACAAUACUCUCCUGGCUGUCGUUAUCGCCACUGCCUUGUCCUACCUUCCUGGCGUCGAUCUAUCCGAGAAUGGUGCAGGGGGCUUGGAUCGAGUCAACAUUAUGGCACCGUGGGACUGGCAACCAACCGCCGAUAGACCGUGGGUGACUGACCCCUUCAGUGGCAUUGAUGCCCGUGGCAUCUUUGGGGCAAUUAUUCCUGGAUUCAUGUUCUUUCUGCUCUUUAUCAUUGAUCACAAUGUCAGCUCCAUUCUGACGCAGAGUCCAAAGUUGAACCUGAAGAAGCCUCCGGCGUAUCAUUGGGAUUUCUUCGUCCUUGGUAUUACGUUCAUUCCUUGCGCCAUUUUGGGACUUCCACCUGGCAAUGGAUUGAUCCCGCAGGCUCCUCUUCAUGCCCGGGCCUUGUGUACGCGAAAGUAUGUCACCGACAGCCGCGGUGUAAAGCAUGAAGUGGUCACCCACUGUGAAGAACAGAGGUAUUCUGGGCUCGGACAAGCUCUGCUGAUGUUUGUAGCUUUGGCAUCGUUUGAAGUAAUCAGUUGGAUCCCACGGGGUUGUUUGUUCGGAUUGUUCCUUUACUUGGGUAUGGGAGCUCUCCAUGGCAACGAGAUCUGGGAACGCAUGGUAAUGUGCUUCAUGAUGGCAAAGAAACGCCCCGAUAUUCCUAUCGUACGAGAGGUCAAGUGGUCCACGGUUCAAAUUUAUACUUUCGUCCAAGCAGCCUGCGGUCUCUCCGUCUUUGCUGUCGCCCAAUUCGCUUCUGUUGGAUACAUUUACCCAGCGCUCCUGACAGCCCUGGUUCCACUGCGUUCCUACAUCCUAUCCAGAGUCUUUUCCGAGGCUGACCUGAAGUAUCUGGAUCCUUCUGCUGAAACUGAUGAGGAGCUUGAAGAAGAACAGAGAGCGAUCCGUCACAAUCGCAAUGACUCCUUUGAUGAUUCCAAUGAUGAUGGGCCUCACUUUGGUCACUUCCAUCCUGAGGCCAUCAAGAACGAGCUCAAGAAAAGAAAGUCAUCAAAGGAGUUCUCCGACGGUGCAACGGUACCACCUUCCCUACCUUAG